AUCACAAGUAAAAUCAUAAAGGGAUCCAUUUAAUCUUUUAAAGUCAGUUUAUAUAUUGUUGUGAUGGCUUAUCUUCUUCUUUUCCACUAUUGGAUUUGUAUAAGUACAAUAUUUCACACAGGAGUUGGAUGCUGCCCUAGUAAUAGCCGUGUGUUCACAGAAAAUGGACAAACAAAAGUAUUGAAAUUCAGGGCUCCCAUAAACCCAGAAAUAGAGUUUGCUACCUACCGAGUGGCCCGCUAUGAUGGCAUUACACGCAUGGCAGUAAACUACCAAAAUGGGAAAGUGUUAGGAGAACCUACCUUACGAAACUGCUCCCUAGCUGCAAGCGCAAAUAUUUCAAAUGGGCUGCUAUAUAUCGAGCUUAAUCCGGUUGUUGAGGGCGACCAAGGAACGUACAAACUGACGGAAUUAAUUGAAACUAUUAUUGUCAUAGAAUGUGUGACUUUAUACAUCAUAGGUACACCGACACAGCCUAUACUCUCGGCUUCCGGCUCAUCAUUUGUGAACUCAAUAUUAACACUCACAUGUACCAGUUCUUCAACGACCCAGCCUUCAAACCACUCUCUAACGAUGCAGUAUGCUUGGACGAUCGAUCGUACAGCCAUUCAACCUGGCGGAAGAUUCUCGUUCGACGCAAUAUCGAGGAAAACGUUAACAAUAUCGGAGCUUCUGAAUGAAGAUAACGGCGAAACUGUGAAUUGCAUUGCAACUGAGAAUGGAGGGAAAUCUUCGAUGCAAACCUCUUAUCCACUUAGUGUAUUUUACGGUCCGACUGCUGCAAGUGUCAAUGUCUCUGAUGUGAUCACUGUUAAUGAGCAUGAGGAUGUUGUAACUGUCAGAUGUGACGCGGAUUGCAGACCUCCUUGUGUACUUCAAUGGACGAAUCUCACGGACGAAAGCACACGUUUAAUGAACGAGUUGGCGUUUGGAAGAGUUAAUCGCUAUCACGCAGGGACGUAUGAAUGCACAGCUAAAACAUCUGUAAUUGGAGUGAUAAAGAUGUCCAUAUCUCGCAUACAACUCAUUGUUCUAACUAAGCCUUGGCCUCCUUCAAAUUUACACAUUAUCAGUACACCUGGCCUGGUACACGCUGAAUGGACUAAAGGUUUCAACGGAGGAAGUCUUCAAUCAUUUCUACUGCAAAUAUCCUACGAUGACACUUGGAAGAACCUGACUCAAGUGAAUGAGAAUGACAGGAAGAAUAUGUUGAAUGAAACCGUGUAUCAAGUCAAUAUCACAAAUGUAGAACCUGGUAAACACUCGGUGCGAGUUAUUGCUUUCAACAAAGUUGGGUAUGCAGACCCCGUGCUAUUCACGGAAAACGAUUCUGAACAGAUUAACUUUCAAGAAAGCACGAGUGGAGCAAAUAGUUUGAAAAUUACAGUUAUGUCGCUGAGCUUCGCAGUUGCAUUUAUUAUUCAUGUUAUUGCACGUGACACAAUUGGACCGUGGUUACUCUGUGCCAUUUAAAAAACAAAAACCAAACAAAGAAAUAGCAUAUUUUCUCAAUACAACCAACUCUCAAGUAUUAGAUAGUCCUCCAAAGUGUAUUUUUGUUUGUGCGUAUGCUUUGGUAUUAUUGUAUAUUGUUUAGUUAUUCAUGAACAUCGAAUACCGAAGCCCGAGCUAGGUGGUGUUUGCAAUAUUUCAUGAAUACAAUUUUAGACUUUUGAACCUGUCAAUGAUCGUAUCAUUCUUAAUGUUUUCAGUUGGUGCAUGGAAAAUCUCAACCUUUAGAAGUUGAGAUUCUAAAAAAUGAAUGUUGAAACUGUGCACUAUAUGUGAGCUCACCAAAAACACGGUAUUAUAAAACCUUUAAAAGACAUAUAUAUAUAUAGACCAAUGCAACCUUUGGGUAACUUUGUUGCAACCUUUGGGAGACUCGUGUCAUUUAAGGAAAAAAAAAUGGAAAAAAUAUUGUAUAUUAUGAAAACAACCUUUCGGGUACACAUUAUAUUUGUACUAAUUAUUUUCUUGUCAUGGAUAUAUGUCUUAGAUAAGAAUUCAUAAAUGUGAAGAACUGAAAACAUCGAAAUUACCCGAAUUUUUUUUUUCGCAAUAUGCGUUCAUGUUCCGUGUUAUCGUGUCGCCCAAAGGUUGAUGUUAGCUCAAUGCUUUAAAAACUAUAAGAAGGACAUCUGAAUAAUAUAUAAAUGUUGAGAAAAUAUUCCUGAAGAAGAAAGGAAAAGUAUUUUUCAAACAUACUGGUCAAUCGGAGAAUAUGUGAAUCAGUUUAUUUGCAGUCAUGUUGAAAACAAAGAGCAAGAAAAAAUAUGCAAAGACCGGAAAUUAAAGAGAACGGUUUCUAACUCCUAUUAUUUUACAAUUGGAAAGAGAAGAUUGAGGGCUUGCAAAAAUUACCUUUGGAAUACUCUGGACAUCGUCAAAAAACAGUUGGGAUGUUUACUGGAUUAGAUUGACAAGGAAAGGCACCACUAUCAAAUAAGACAUCCGAAAUUGACAGAGCAUUUGUCAGAGAACAUAUUGAAAGUUUUCCAACAGUGGACUCUCAUUUAACCAGAAAGGACACAAACAGAAAAUACUUGACACAAGAUCUUAGUAUAAGAAAAAUGUAUUCACUCUAUGCUGAAAAAUGUCAGAAACGUGAAAAAUUAGAUGAUGUAUCCGAAAAGAAGUACCAUGCUCAUCAAGAGAGGAAGAAAAUUGCCCGACAAGAAACAAGAUAAGAAAAUAGGCAAAAAACCAACCCAACGUGUUAUGCAUCAACAUUUGAACUUGAAGCUGUCUUGACAACGCCGUGCAGUUUGAUUGGAGAACUUUAUUACAAACAAAAACUUUGUUGUUACAAUCUUUCUUUCUAUGAUUUAGAAAAUGGAGAUGGUUCCUGUUAUUUAUGAGAUAAACGAGGAUCUUGUGAGGAACUCGAUUGUAAUUAAAAUGUCAAGUGUUGAAGAGGUGACACUUUGGAGGGAUACUUGCGGUGGACAAAAUAUAAAUCAAUAUGUGGCAAAUUGCUUGAUUUACUGCAUUCAAAACAUACAAAAUCUCAAAACCAUCACUCAAAAAUUCUUAGAAAGUGGUCAUUCAGAAAUGGAAUGUGAUUCCAUUCAUUCCUCAAUUGAACAUGCGAAAAAAAUUACCAAAGGUGUAUAUUCCAUCACAUUGGGAAACGGUCAUCACAUUAGCAAGACGUAAAAAGCCGUAUAUCGUUAUUCCAUUGAAAUAUGUAGAUUUCAUGGUUUUCAAAAUGUACAAAAACCAGAUCUUAGGCCCAAUGAAAAAUGAUGUUAAUGGGGAAAAAGUAGACUGGCUAAAAUAAAGUGGAUACAAACGUGCGAAAACUCUCCUCAGAGCAUUUUUGUAAGUCAGGACUUUGAGUCCAGAAAUUUGAGAGAAAUUCAAGUUGUGUCAAACAGAAGUAAAAACAAAAAGAACAAGACUAUGAAGCCACCUCGACAGGCAUACAAAGAGAAAUUACCGAUCUCUUCCUUAAAAAAGGCUGAUCUGUUGUCCCUUAUAGCUUCAGGAACAAUUCCCAAGGAGUUUGAAGCCUACUUCCAAUCAUUGCCUAGCAGCAAAACCGUCCAGGACAAGCUCCCUGCCCAGUCCGUUAGUGACAGUGAUGAAAGUGAUUGAAAAGAUGGUGAAAAUAUGCAAUACUGCAAAAAGUGACUACAAAAAAUAAAAAAGAUAAAAACGAUCAUAAAUUAAAAGUGACAAAUAGCAUUAAUGUUUCAUGUGUGCAUAUAUGUAUUACUAUAUACUUGCUAUACACUUUAUCAUUGUGUAAAGACGUAAAAUACCCGGAAUGAUGAAGUGCGCCUCGUGCCUUAUUUUGUUUAAAUAUACUCAUCUAAAUAAAGUAGGGAUGGCAACGAGUAGUAAAAUUAAUACUCGAGUACUCGGACGAUCGUUCGAUCGAGUACUCGGGUACUCGAUUACUCGGAAAAAAUGAAUAUGUGUUCGCGAAGACAAGAUUGUGUAUACAUGUACUGUAUCGUUAAUGACGUGUAUUGUGCGUAUUGUGCGUUGGUCGUAUUGUUGGUCACUUUCACCUUUAAAGUAAACUUUCAUUACGUAUUUUAACAAAAAAUGAUAUAAAAAGAAAACAAAUGUUGUUUAAGGCUUUUAAUUUGUUUUAUUCGUAUUAUUUAAUACUGCAGAAAUGAACAAGAAUCAGAAUUACAAUGAACGAAAAUUAAUAGCAUACAUAAAAUAAAUGAACGAAGUUCAGUUGUUUACUCAACAUUUCUUUUUAAAUCAUAGUUUUUGCUACUGUAUAAUUGUUGUUUACCUCAUUAAUAUUCAUAAUUCUUGAUUUAAAAUAUCAACCAAUCAAUUGUGAUAAUCAUUGCAAAAAUACGCCCAUUAAGAAAUCAAUUCUCGUAAAGGACGAAACUCUUUCGCUCGUUAGCGUCCAUUGUUUGGUGAAAGGUCUCUAAUUGGUAUACAAUAGAAUUGUGUUGGAAGUACCGCUAUCAAAACUUCGCUGUGCUAAUUUGAAAUAGGGGUCCUUUAUUGACAGUUUGCAACUAUCACAACAACUGUGAACUAAUUGAUUGAGGUCAAGUGUGUACACAGCGGGGAUUAGAGGGACCAUAAGUUUUCCUCUUGGCAACUAACCAGAUCUGAUAUUUUAUCUGUAAAUCGUGUAUUUGGUGAUUUUUAUAGAUUUUUUGAUUUUUUUUUUCCGAGUACUCGAGUAGUGAUUUGGUACUCGAGUACUCGGACGUUCGAUCGAGUACUCGGGUACUCGUUGCCAUCCCUAAAAUA